UCGGCGCGAGGGCGGCCAGGCUCUCGCAGCGCAGCGCGGAGGAGCCGUGCGCGGUCCGGGACUGCGCGCUCUGCCCCGAGCCCGGGACAGCGGGGCGCACCGGCGCCCGGAGGAGAGCAGGGGCUGCUGCGCGUCCGGACCGAGUUGCUGCGGGAGUCGGAGCCUCGAGGAAGAUGCCCACGGGCGCAGAGCCCGGGCUGCGCGGCUGAGCGCCGUCCUCGCAGCGGCGGCGGCACCUGGCGUGCGCGGGAGCCGGGAGCCGGGAGCCGGGAGCCGGCAGCGCGGCGAGAGGACCGGAGCGUCUGCCGAGCGCCCCUGGCCCGGACCCGUGGGGUUCGCAGCGAGCGCGGGCGCGUCGGCCCGUAUGGGCGCGGGGUUCGCGGCCCCCUCCGGGCGCUGCCGGGCAGCCCGGGCGCCGGGGGCCCGCUGAGCGCGGAGUCGCCGCUGAGAGAACUUGCGCCGGCGGCCAUGCCCCGGCGCGGAGCCUAGUGCCGAGCGGAGCCCGCGGGCCGCCUGCGCCGCGGCCGUCCCGACCUCGCAGCCCCGCGCCGGAGUCCGCGCUCCAGACAAGAUGGCGCAGCCGGUCCGGGGAGCGCUCGGAGCCCCGCGCCGCUCGCCUCGCCUGCUCCCCUGGCUGCUGCUGCUGCUGCUGCUCCGGCCGGAGCCCGCCAGGGCCGCGGGCCGGGCGCCCUGCCCCGCCGCCUGCACUUGCGCCGGGGACUCGCUGGACUGCGGCGGGCGCGGGCUGGCGGCGCUGCCCGGGGACCUGCCCGCCUGGACGCAGAGCCUAAACCUGAGUUACAACAAACUUUCCGAGAUUGAUCCUGCAGGUUUUGAGGACUUGCCAAAUCUACAGGAAGUGUAUCUCAAUAACAACGAGUUGACAGCCAUACCGUCUCUAGGUGCUGCUUCAUCGCACAUCGUGUCUCUCUUUCUGCAGCACAACCAGAUCCGCAGUGUGGAGGGGCGCCAGCUGAGGGCCUACCUGGCGCUGGAGGUGCUGGACCUGAGCUGGAACAACCUCACGGAGGUGCACAGCGCCUGCUUCCUGCAGGGACCGCCCUUAAAGGAGCUCAACCUGGCAAGCAACCGGAUCGGCACCCUGGAGUCCGGAGCUUUUGAUGGUCUGUCACGGUCGCUGCUGACGCUUCGCCUGAGCAAGAACAGGAUCACCCAGCUUCCUGUGAAAGCAUUCAAGCUGCCUAGGUUGACACAACUGGACCUCAAUCGGAAUCGGAUCCGGCUGAUCGAGGGCCUGACGUUCCAGGGGCUGGACAGCUUGGAGGUGCUGAAGCUGCAGCGGAACAACAUCAGCCGGCUGACGGACGGGGCCUUCUGGGGGCUGUCCAGGAUGCACGCGCUGCACCUGGAGCACAACAGCCUGGUGGAGGUGAACAGCGGCUCGCUCUAUGGCCUCACGGCCCUGCACCAGCUCCACCUCGGCAACAACUCCAUCUCCCGCAUCAACCGCGAUGGCUGGAGCUUCUGCCAGAAGCUGCACGAGCUGACUCUGUCCUUCAACAACCUCACCCGGCUGGACGAGGGGAGCCUGGCCGACCUCAGUAGCUUGAGCAUCCUGCGCCUCAACCACAAUUCCAUCAGCCACAUUGCGGAAGGCGCCUUCAAGGGACUCAGAAACCUGCGUGUCUUGGACCUGGGCCAUAACGAGAUCUCGGGCACAAUAGAGGACACGAGUGGCGCGUUCACGGGGCUCGACAGCCUCAGCAAGCUAUCUCUGUCUGGAAACAAGAUCAAGUCGGUGGCUAAGAGAGCAUUCUCCGGGCUGGACAACCUGGAACACCUGAACCUUGGCGAGAAUGCGAUCAGGUCUGUCCAGUUUGAUGCCUUUGUGAAGAUGAAGAACCUCAAAGAGCUCCGCAUCAGCAGCGAGAGCUUCCUGUGUGACUGCCAGCUGCGGUGGUUGCCCCCAUGGCUGCUGGGCCGGACGCUGCAGGCCUCCGUGGCCGCCACCUGCGCCCACCCGGAGGCGCUGCGGGGCCGGAGCAUCUUCUCGGUGCCCCCGGAGAGUUUCGUGUGCGAGGACUUGCCAAAGCCACAGAUCAUCACCCAGCCGGAGACGACGGUGGCUGUGGUGGGCAGGGACGUCCGGCUCACAUGCUCAGCAGCCAGCAGCAGCAGCUCCCCCAUGACCUUUGCCUGGAAGAAGGACAGCGAGGUUCUGGCCGACGCCGACAUGGAGAACUUUGCCCACGUGCGGGCACAGGACGGGGAAGUGAUGGAGUACACCACCAUCCUGCACCUCCGCCGAGUCACCUUCGGGCACGAGGGCCGCUACCAGUGUAUCAUCACCAACCACUUCGGCUCCACCUACUCACACAAGGCCAGGCUCACUGUGAACGUGUUGCCAUCGUUCACCAAAAUGCCGCACGACAUCGCCAUCCGGACUGGCACCACGGCCCGCCUCGAGUGCGCUGCCACCGGCCACCCGAACCCCCAGAUCGCCUGGCAGAAGGACGGAGGCACCGACUUCCCCGCCGCUCGUGAGCGACGCAUGCAUGUCAUGCCUGACGAUGACGUGUUCUUCAUCACGGACGUGAAGCUCGAUGACAUGGGGGUUUACAGCUGCACCGCCCAGAACUUGGCCGGCUCCAUCUCGGCCAACGCCACCCUGACUGUCCUAGAGACCCCGUCCCUGGCGGUGCCCUUGGAAGACCGCGUGGUGUCCGCGGGGGAGACGGUGGCGCUCCAAUGCAAGGCGGCGGGAAGCCCUCCGCCCCGCAUCACCUGGUUCAAAGGGGACCGCCUUCUGAGCCUCACUGAGCGUCACCACUUCACCCCCGGCAACCAGCUGCUCGUUGUGCAGAACGUUGGGGCUGAGGAUGCAGGCCGGUACACCUGCGAGAUGUCCAAUGCCCUGGGCACCGAGCGGGCGCACAGCCAGCUGAGUGUGUUGCCCAGCCCUGGCUGCAGGAAGGACGGGACUACCGUGGGCAUCUUCACCAUCGCUGUGGUGUGCAGCGUGGUCCUGACGUCCUUAGUCUGGGUGUGCAUCAUCUACCAAACCAGGCGGAAGAGGGAGGAGUACAGCGUCACCAACACAGAUGAGACCGUUGUGCCGCCGGAUGUUCCGAGCUACCUGUCUUCUCAGGGGACCCUUUCUGACAGACAGGACACUGUGCUCAGGACUGAGAGUGGCCAUCAGGCCAACGGGCACGUCGAGAGCAAUGGUGUCUGUCCCAGAGACGCAGGCCUCUUCCCGGAGGCCGAUGGUCCCGGCAUCACGUGCAGGCAGCCCCGGCUCUGUGUUGGGUACAGCAAGGAGCCAUGGAGAGCGACAGAGAAAGCCGGUGGCACACCUGGUCCACAGAAGAUGGAGCCCGGUGGCCCAGCUGUAUGCAGUGACAGCCACACUGAUGUGGACAGUUACUCCAAGGACCACGCCUUCUGUCCUCAGCCGAUGUCCAGGGACAGUGCACAGUCAGAUACACCGAGCAGCCAGGAGCCUCACAGGAGUGACCGAGAACAUUCUCCACGUCCGAACAGUCUCCACAGUGGGACUGGUGAUGGGUCUCGCCCCGACUGCAGGGAGUCCCUCUACCCCAGUAACCACGACAGAAUGCUGCCGCCCUGGAAGAGAAAGCCAGGGGCGCCUCCAGAGGGCAAAGGGGCCCCUCCAUGGAUGUUCGCAGGGGUGUGUGAGCCGGACUCCAUAGACCCUCAGCCCUCAACACUGACCCCGGGCAGUUCUGAGCUCACACGAGCCGCCCUGGACUCUCCCGAUGCCCCCAGUGAAGGUCGGCACUUGCUCCUGCUGAAUGGACACAUCCCCAAAGCAGGUGACUCUGGUCCCGAGUCCACGCCGCGGACAGGACAGCUGCCCGGGAGGCGGAGCGGGCCGCUGCUGUUUGCCCCGCGGGCCUAGGCGCUGUCUGUCUCCUGGGAGGGAGGGAGGCGUGCUGUGAGGAAGCUUGGGUUCAAGCGUCACUCUGUACAGUUUUAACUUCCAUGGGGAGUGUCUGUAGUUUAAAGGACUUGCAGCUGAAGCACAGAAUGCAAGAGGCUAUUGUGUACAUAAGAGUUUUCAGAGAUUUCAUAUAUAUUAUAUAUCUUUUACAAAGGAUAUUUUAAUCUUCAUUGCAUGGUUAACAGAAAAAAUCGUACAGUUUUGACAAUAUUAUUUUUCAUAUCAGGUUGCUGUUUCAUUUUGGAAUGUGGGGAUAGUUCUGGUGCCUUAAUGCAUGGAUGGAAUUUAUAGACGCUAAAAACCACAUUUGCUUCUGGGGUGGUGUUGGGGAGGAGGAAGCCCUCGGACUCCGUCACACAUGGCAGGGCAGACCCGGAUGCUUCACAGGCAGAGCUGGGUUUGCAUCGGAAGUAACUUCACGUCAGUUACAGGAGCUCAGUGGGUGCUCCUCGCAGUCCUCCUCCCUGCACCCAGACCUGCGCACGUCACACACUCUGCACUGAGGGACUUUUCCUCAUAGGUUCGAGCUCUUUCUUAACAAGCACGGUGGGGGCUGUUAAUCACCACAGCCUUUGGUCUGAACAAUGAGCCUGCCUGCCUUCUGUGAUAAAAGCGAGUGUCAGGAUCACUUGAUUGUCAUUUGAGGCUUUCUAAUAAGAUAGAGGUUGCUGCUGUUGGUACCUGUGGAUUUUUCAAUAGUGAUGCUUUAGUUCUGCCAAUGUAAUUAGUAUUAUGUUGGUGUUAGGGGAGAAUGAGGAUCAAGUCCUUACUUUCAGGGCGAGCGGGCUUAUCUCCACGGAGGAUCCGGGCGCCCUGUGCGUGUCCCUCCCUUGCACAGACGAGCCCGUGCCUUGGGUUCUGGGGGAUUUGCACUUGUGAGGCCUGGAGCUAACCACCUGGGAGUGCCAAUGGGCAUUUGAGGGAAAACUGCAAACUAACAAGGUCCUUCAGCCGGUGCGCUGAAGCACUAGUGGGUAUUGACAAAUGGUUACUAUGUUAAUUUACUGUCAGAUAAUCACUGUUCCAAAGGUAAGCACAUUUAGAAUUUUGUUCUCAACAGUUAACUGAUGUUACUUCCACAACAUGUGAAUUUGCUGCUUCUGAGAGGCAAUGUGAAAGAGGAAGUAUUACUUUUAUGUACAAAGUUAUUUAUUUAUAGAAAUUUUGGUACAAUGUACAUUGAAAAACGUGUAAAAUACUGAAGUGUCUAACAAGCAGCAGUGAAGUGUCUUUAAUAAAGUUCACUUAUAAAGUUAA